AAAUAAAUUAAAGCCAAUUAGUUCAAUAAAAAAGCAGAUUCAUUAACUCUGUUUGUUUUUUUCGAAAUGUUUAUAGAACAAUAGCAACAGACGGUGUGGACCGAAUCAUCCAAACAAGGUGGGAUCACAAAGCAUGCGGGAUGGUAAAAAGUAAAGGUGUGAUGAUCACCUCGUUUGAUAGCAUUGCAUGGACCGGGCUGUCUUAGCUCUGCUGGAGUUUUACAUGGCAAAACGUAACUCGCAGAUCAUUACAUCGACACCGUCAGGAUGACAUUGCAGGAUGAAGAAACUGAAGCAAAUCUUUAGUAGCAUGAAGAGGCUCAAGACGCAGCUAGCGUUAUUUCAGCUGCGAGGUUGUCCUCGUUAUGGCCGUUAUACAAUUUCAUCAACAUAAGUGGACUUUAAUGAGGUUAAAACAGCUUGCUAAGGACGUCUGCGCGGGAGGCUAAAAAAUAGCCGGACAGAAAAUUUUCUGUACAAUAUUUGUUUGGAGACGCAAAUAUUGUACGAAAAAAAGUUUUUUAUUAUUAUGUAUGUGAAGUUUUUAACCGUAAUUUGUAGUUUUUAUUAAUAGUUUGUAAUAAUUUUUAUCCUUUUCUAUGGGAUAUUUUUCUAUUUGCUUAGUUUAGGACUAGUUUUAAUUAUUUUUUAACAUAUUUUUAUAAUUCUUUUUUAUCUAGGGCCGCUAAGGAUAUCAGUUUUUGUAACUGUAGAAGUUACCCUCGCUCAAUAAAAGCAUCUUCUUCUUCUUUUACUGCCAAGGAUUUUUGUUUUGCUUGAGGACGGCUAAAAUUUGCCAGAUGAACGAUUAAAUCAAGUCCAAUUUUCGAAGCUUAUGUAAUAAAUUCCCCCGAUUUUCGGAAGUUGAAUUUUUUCAUAUUUUCAUACUACCCAGGUUACACUAUUUUUCUUAGAAAAAAGGGGAACCUAAAGUCUUCGGAUGUGAUGGAGAGCGGAUUCAGAAAAAUUCUUACUUUCGUACGACGUUAAAUUGCACCUAAAAGUUUCGGAAAAUCAUACUAGAGCCCUUGAAAUUUUCACAGCAACAAAGCAUUUCACGUCUUACGCCUAUGCUUACGCUUACAAGACACAACCUCAGCAUGUUGAUGGAAGAAGGUGGCUCAUGAUGGCUCGUAAAAAAGAUUGGAGACUUUGGGGGAGGCUUGUUAGGCAUUUAUUCUAAACUUUUUACACUGUAACCAUUAUCGUGCAUCAGAUAUACCAUUUCAAGAAACGUAUUCAGGGGCGGAUCCAGGAUUUUUCUUAGGAGGGGGUGCACCACUAACUGACUGAUGACGUAAAAAAUUUUAAAAGCGAAUACGAAGAAGAGGGCUUUUGACUGGGAAAUAACAUAAUGUGAACUGCUGAGAAUACAUAUCAAACGAUAGAGCAGAUUUUGUAUGUCUGUCAAGCGACUGCACAGUGUUAAUUAGAAAGCGGCAGCAGGUCAUCCCAGGGGGCGCACCCCCUGCACCCUCCCCCUGGAUCCGCCCCUGGUAUUACUGUUAAAUAGUCGUCAUAAGAAUUUCGGGCAUCUCAAUAAUAUGUGUCAUAUUCAAUGUUUAGACCUUUGUCACGAGAAGUUAAGAGAUCUACCACACUCCGUGUAUGUACUUUGUCCAUUCAGCACUAGCGACAAAAAAACGACUCAGGUUAUGUCGAAUACAGCGUAUACAUUCGAAGUUGUCUUUAAACUGCUUAACUCAUUGUGUUACACGAUUUCAAAAAAAAAAAGGACAUAUUGUCUUAAAUCAUGAUAGAUUAGAAUUUAUGUUAGUUAUCUUCCGCUCGAAAAAAGGUAAUUCCAUAAUUUUCACGCAAAAGAUUUAUUUUGGAUACUUAAAUGCCUACCACUAGCUAACGACAGUGAGGUGAAUAGUUUUUUUAGUGUAUACUAAAGCAAUGAGAUAAUAGAGCACUAAAAUUAUGAUAUUAACACAUUCAUUCCUUACAAGGAGUGCAAUUUCCGCGCGCGUUUGCUCGGAGGCCAAAACUAUUGCUUUCCCGUGGCAUAUGCGAGCUAUCCACUGUUUCAGUAUAUAUUAAUAUCAGUAUAUAGUAUAUAUAGUAAUUUCCGUAUAUAGGAAUAAAGAUUAUUUACAUGGAUGGUGAAUGCCGGUUAUAUAUUAUGACCCAAAGUUUGGUUAUACUUAAGCUCGCGGCAAUAGGUACAAUUUAGAGCCGUGCGAAAGGACAUAUUUCUGUAAAAAUCGAAACGCUGUCAAAUCAGUCUGGUUAAGGUUUUAUUAUAGAGUUCAAAUAAUGCCUGAGCCACGCCCAGAAAAGUAUCCUUUAGGCCUUUUACUAUAAUUUUCCGACGACCUCCCAGUCAGUCCCUAAGCAUAAAAUCGAAAAACGUGCUCGCUUUAAUUUGCUAGUUUUAUGUAUUCUUGCUUUUUUGGAAUGUUGAGACUUAAACGGACACAGUUAGCUAUGGGACAGCGCUGACCUGGACACUACUUUAAUUGCCGGUUUGAAAAGCGUUUACCUCAUCCCGAAAUCAAAUGUACGCGUCGGAUACAUCCAGAAAUGCGCUUAAUAUCCUGCCUAGUGUUUCAUUGGAUCCUCUGUCUUUCACUGAAAACCUCUUUUUGAGUUUACUUUUACUCAUCCUAUUACAUUAUUUUAUGAUAUUCGGUUAACAACAGUGAUAUUCUUACAGCACUCAAGUCGGGAGUGCUGUCAAGAAAGUCGAAGCGCCUUAACUUCUUUUUGUUAGUAAUUUUAUUUUUUAAAUCACGUCGGGUCAAUCUCACAACAUUCACACAAUUUCCAGUGUUUCGGUUUUAGACCUUUUCGGUGGGAUUCUUCGUAGUCUGUCCACGUACCAUUUUUUGGACAUUUCGAAGUGCGCGUGAGGUGGAUCUUCUGUUGAUUUCGUAGGAAUUGUUAGAGAGUAUUUUAUUGUUUAAGUACAUUAUAUUUAAGAGAAAUAUCGUAAUGAUUCUCUCCUGGGGUAUUGAGGCUGAGAUUAAACUCAAUUUAAGAAAAUGAGCUGAGAACCUACCCAGGCUGAGAGUCAGUCACGAACGUCUUAAUUUCCCUUAUUUGCUAUUUUCCAGUCUGUUUUUUGAAUGAGUAGUAUAAAUAAAGGCAAACUGUAGUCUAACAGAUGAAUUGACCAAAACAAUUGGGGACAUUUUAUUUUUUCAAUAUUAACAAUGUAGUUUCCAUAUGCCAUGUAAAUUAAGAACAUUUUAAUAACGUUUUCAAACCUCAAAUUGCGAAAAAUAAGAACGUGCAGCCUCAGUUCCAAAAUUGGACGUUUUCUUUAAAAAAAAGUGUAUUCAAAUGACAAUUGUUAAGGGUUGCUCGCCGGGAGAGGUCCAAACAAAAUGGUCCUUGUAUUUUUGAAAAAAAAAAUUGUGUGUUGUGCUGUGAUCCGUUCCGGUAAUUUUAAAAUGUUGGUUUUGCUAUACCAGCUCUUAAUUGGCCAGUCAUUAGCUCAAUUGGUAGAGCGCUGCACCAAUGUACCAGUAUCGCAGAGGGCGUGGGUUAGAUUCCGUACAAGCAAGCUCCGGACCUUUUGGAUGGUUUUUCGAUCGGAAGGCACGAGAAGAAAAGUGAAUCUUUCGACAUUUUUGCGGCAAAGUUUUAAAGCUAAACGAUGGAUGUGAUUUUCUGGGGGGGAAAUCGUUGGGGUGCUAGAUUUUCUCCGUUAUCAUUGCGUUUAAUAUUAGGAGACGGGACCGCCAUUUUACGUGGUUAUCCGAACCACGCGAAGUUCUUGCCAUUUCUAGGGCCAAGUUGUAGAUAAAGCAAACGGUAAAUCCACUACAUUUGCCAAAAAAACGUGGUCGAACCGCUCGGUACCGACGCCUCUCGGUUACGGAUUGUUUCUAAUGUCCCGACACAAUUCUUAUAAAUUGUCUUUAAAAAAUUACCUCUAUAAUACGGACUUUCUCAAUAAUAAAACGGACACUAAAUCUCGGCCUCAGUGACUACAUUCAUAUAGACUUAACCUAUCUUUAUUACGGACACUACGGUGAUCAGGUGAAUCUCGAAUCCCGAUCACGUUAAUCGGCAUGCAAAAGGGGGUAUCCCGUCUUGUUGAUGUGCUAUGCUAGGUGUACAGAGGAACAUUUUUAUAAGGCUUGAAUCGACUGCAGAUAGCAUAAAGAUCUUUUCUAUUACAUUUUGUACUCUAGUAAAUGUUUUCUGUACUUUCAAAAUAGCGAAAGACCAGGUCCAAUUUUGUACGAAAAGGGUAGCCCUUUCAUAUACCUUGUAUUGACAAAUGGUACCCCUUUUCACAUACCUUGCAGUUUACAACUUUGCAUCCCUUUUAAAUACUGUAAAUGCACUGUCAUUUUAAAAUAGGAAUCAUUCACAAAAAUAGAACGUUUUCUGAACUUUAUCAUAUAAAGCCUGAACAUUCAUCUGUUAGCCGCUCUUUGGGCUCUUUCACAGACACACAUUUGAAGGUGCUAAUGGGGGUACCCAAUUCUUAGUUAACUACUAAAUUUUCGACCAAAUAUCAGUUAACUACUAUUUAUUGGGCAAAUUCUCAGUUAACGACUAAUUUCAUUGACAUGGGGCAAUUCGACUUUUCGUGAGUGUAGCCCACUUCGAAUUUGUAGUUCUGUUAAGCGAUUCCUUUACUCUUUUUCCAAAGUCUUGGGCGUACUUCAAAGCACUACAUGUUUUGUUCAGACUGAAGUGAGAAACCGCGGGUAGGUUUUCCACCUACGUUCUUAGAAGUUUUUUGUACCUCGAUACACACUUUUUCUACAUCCUCAAUGUUACCUUUUUCGCAGACGUACCCUUUUUUCGCCUAUUUCAAAAGCUUUAUAAAGAUAUCCAAAGGUUUUAAGAAAUGAAACUGUUUCGGAAAGACCGGUUUAAGCAUGAGCUUAAAAGUCUGAAUAGUUGGAACUGAAACAUCAGUUACAAAAGUGAUAUCUCGUAAGUAAAAAUUCAUUGACAUUUACAUAGUCUCUUGAUUUACAUGUAUUAGGUCGGUAAAAACCGUUUUUCCAUGUACUUAAAUGAAAGAUGCUGAUUUCUUUGAAACUUCAGAAAUUCCUUUUAGCCAGAACCAAUGCUAAGAGUCACAGCUUUUUCUUUGUUAGUAAUGUUUAACUUGACGUCCUUUUGGAUCCGUAACAACAGUAUUUCCUUAUCCUAAAGAAUUAUUCGUGGAGUUGUCUACAACCAUGCGCUAUGACGGACGCUAUUUGUUUGCCGGGUACUGCCCCGGUGCCUUUUGCACAUAAUGUAAUAUGUUCAGUUGAUGUGCCACCGGGUCACCAGAGGGAGAGAAAAAAGUCAGAAAAUAGCAUUUCUGUUUGCAAAACUUUGUUGCUUUCAUUAACAUCAACGAUCGUAUUCAGUAUAAUUAAUAGAAUGUUACUUAACUGUUAACUUUUCAUUUCUCAGUUAACUACUAAUUUUUUGGCUAAUUAUCAGUUGACUAUUCUUUUUUUUUUUGGCCAAAUUUCAGUUCACUACUAACCCUCAGAUUUCCCUCGGAUUUUCCUACGCUUUCGUAUACUUCAACGAGUGAAAUCCCUCCCCGUAUAGGUCAUUAUAGAGAGUCCCCCACGGGGGAAAGACAGUGUCUUUGUACUUUGAAUUAAUAAAAUUAAAUGCAGUUGAAAGACCAGUGUGAACCUGGUUUUAGCAAGUGGCAUCAUAAAAGUAGACUGCAAAACAGUCGGUUUUUUUCUCAAACUGCUCGCCCGUACUUGAAUACGCAAAAAUACGGACUGGUUUGCAGUCUGUCAUAAAAGCAACCUUAUCGUAGUACCCUCUCUUAUACGGACACCUUUCUAAUACGUACUAUGCUCUGUCCCUUACUGUAUCCCAAUAAGUGAGGUUAGACGGUACAAACUGAAAGUCCAACCUUUUGAGUAUGUAAAAUCGGGAGUAGUAUUUUUCAGUCACGGACGAAUCACAUGAGUGCCGAUUGGGUGAGACGCUCGGGGGUCUGUUUUUUUUUUCUCCGCACGGCAUAUUUCUCCAAACUUGGUGUAGCUUUAGUUUUUAAGCUACAGUGUACAACUCAUAUCUGAAGAUCGCACUAUCCGUGGAAAUUCAAAAUCCUGCAAACCACACUAUAGAGCUGGGCCCAGAGUCAUACUGACAUGUCAGGAAAUAAUCACAUUCACGGACAAAGAAACUUGCAUGCAUGCAUGUAGUUAUUCAGAUACAGCCAUCUCGGAGAAAACCAAAAAAACUAAAAUCUUUAUUCAGCCUUAAUAAACAGAGGUCAAAGGAUAUAAAACACUUUACAACUGCAUCUGAAAUCAGAUCCUAUCAGGGACACCUACCGAAGCAUAAACCACAGGAAAUGAUUACUCAGUAUGCAUGUAACAAACCUGCUUCAUGACCUCUAAAUAUAAGAUUUAGUGCGGCAAAAACAAGAUUUACUCAGUCAAAGUUUAGAAUGCUACACCUCUUGCACUGUGUAGUGCUAGUAACCUUCGCGCGAGAGAAAAAAGAAAGAGAACCACUGUUCAAGCAGACUCUCAAGGUCACGUUUCACAUUAUCACGAGCUUAUGAGUCGUGUUUGGCCUGUCAACGCUUAUUUCUUUCUUUAAGAAGAUAUUUUGUCUUCGGUGAGAGGAAAAAUGCCACUGGCUUCCACGCUCUCUGCCACGUGCUUUAGGUGCUGGCAAGAAAAUUCAUCUGUCCGGUUGCUUGAUACAUACAUGGCACGGAUGUCCUUGCAUUUUGAGUGUAGGCAAAUCCAGUUGUCGCAUUCUUUGUAAACGAAACAUCUAUCGUCCCUGGUGCUUGUUCGCAAAGAGUACAGUCCACCAUGAAUGUGGACUGCCACCGGGCAAGACAAUUUUGGCAUCUUGGCCGCGGCUGAACCUCCCAAAUGGUAGCCGCAAUUGCUGCAUUCUACUGGUUUCGAGCGGUUAAAAUACACCGUCGCGCAAUUCGGGCAAGAGCCCUGCCCCCGGUUGCUCCAACUGAUAAUUAAAGGAACAGCGAAUUAUCAAAACUGACUAAAUUUUAGGUAAAUUUUCUCCACAAAUCUCCUACGCGACUCAUUUAAUGAACUUUCAAAUAUGUGCCAAAGAACUAUUCUUUAUUGACCAAUCAAAAUCGACUUCAAAAGCACUAUUCUUUAUUGACCAAUGAAAAAUUUGCAACCGCUGCAACGGAAGUGAAGUUGUUGACCAAUCAGAAGACCCGUUCCGACGGCUUCGUAUCAACUGGAGUAUAACACGUUGUGUGCGUAAGCAAAACUUCCGGUGGAAGUGAAUAAUAACUUAACUAUGCUGUAAACGGACGUUGCAAGGAACGCCUUAAUACAUAAGUUAUUGCGUGUUGCUAUAUUUGUUUGGGGGCCAUACGAUUAGCGCUAAUCGUAUGGCCCCCAAACAAAUAUAGCAACACGCAAUAACUUAUGUAUUAAGAGCGACUUUCUGUAAAUACCACGGAUAGGUGUGCCAGAUGGAAAAAUCGAAAUCCCCCAAACUUUGUCCCAACAAAGCCCUUUGGAAACUAUUUUAGAAAAUACAAGACUCAGUUCGUUUGACUUAAUAUUUUCCAAAAUAAUAAUUUUUUUUAAUUUUCACCUUCGAGAGGCCUUCAAACCACCGAAAAAUGUGCUUGAUACCCUCGAUUCGUGAAUGGAAACGGAAACUAAUACCAUAACUUUUCUUACAUUAAACAAUUUUAUGAUCCUUCCUUUCUACCUAAACGUUGUUACAAUUUCAAAAGAUUUCAAUCUGAUUUUUUAAUAUUUUUUCAAAAUUACCCUCUAAAUCAGCAUUAUCGCGACCAUCAAUUUUGCCAUUUUUCAACGGCGAAAAUCCCUUCCUGGUACAUGGCUUUCAUUAGAAAAAUGGUAUUCCAGAGAAAGAGCAAUGUUUCCCCUAUCAAUCUGUGAAAUAAAAUUCUGGGGCAAUUGAAACUGCGAGUUUUUACAACGGAAAACAUUUACGGUACUCGCGUGAUUUACGACCUCUGAACUUGCAGUUGUCGUGAUGAAUACAAGCGAGAACCUAGACAGCACUUGAAACCCUGACGCAAAUUAGCCCCUUUUCCGCCAGUUUAAACACCAAAAACGAUUUUAGAUUUCACAGUGGUGAAUUUUCAAAAGGAAAAGCAAUUUUAUUGUGCGAAAGUGUGCUAUGACCUUCUUGACUACAAACACUUCCCUUACGUGCGUAUUUGUUUACUUUUGCCGUACACAUAUGUACAAAAUGGCUAAUAGUGUCGGUAGCUAUUCUUUCAAAUGCUCUCAUUUCUCAUGAACCAAAUCGUUAUAGCUAUAAAAAAAGGAAAACAUUUUGACCUACCUCACAUUAUUUGACAACAGACCCGAAUCCUUUACUGCCUUUAUCGAAACGAGAUCGCGUGACAAAGAACUUUGAGACCCAGGUUAUACCGCGCAGACAGAUACCAUUCCGAAAAAGAAACUCACGCGGCACCUUCUGUAGCUAUGAAAGCGAAACAUGUAAAAAUCAAAAUCCAUAGUUUCGUUGACGUAUCUGCCAGAGCGACCCUGCAAACGUGACACUAAAAAAAUAUUUUUUCGUCAAAAGACUAUAUAGGGGUGGGCCCUUAUACAGUGGAAUAAAGAACCUACGAAUGAUUUUCUUUACCUCGAUAAUAGUAAAAUAUGCCAUAAAACCUAUAUUAAAGCCCCCUGUCAAAUAAGCCCCCUCCCUCUGAUUAGCCCCCCUUCUAUCAAGCACCCGCUUCCCACCCGUAAUUAUUCUUCACUAAUAAAUGAAAGACUGUAUUAAUCAAUCACGACGGUAAAGGCUUCGUGUGGACUGAUCCGGGAUGGUUUAUUUACCAACGUGAAGUUCGGAUUUGAUAAUGAUUUUCGACUGCAUUACCUAAAACUUCCUGUACUUGAGCUUUUCCACUUUGUAGGCUUUAUGGAGAAGCGAUACCAUCUUAGUUUCUAAAUUAAACAUAUUAAGCCCCCGUCUCUAUUAAGCCCCUCCCCUCAAAUGAGCUUGAAAUAAUGAGCCCCGGGGGAGCUUAAUAGAGGAUUUACGGUAUGAAAAAAAAACCUGGAUAUAACGAAACCUCGUUUUAGCGAGCAAAUUUCAGGGGCACUCAACGACUCUUUUCUGUAAAAUAUAUCAUGGGAGAAGUAGAUAUUGCCUUGAAUUUUCUAUAGCUUGAGGACGCCUAAAAAUUUCUAGACGACCGUUCCGUUCCUGUUCAAUUUUCGAAGGUUAUCUUAUAAAUUCCCUACGAUUUUCUGAAGUUUAAUUUUUCAAAUUUUACAUCCCAGGUUGGGCUAAUUUUUCAUAGAAAAGAGGAAGCCUAAAAUGGUCGGAUUCAAACAUGUGAUUGAGAGAGGAAUCAGAAAAAUUCUCACUUUCGUGAUACGUUAAAUUGCAUCCAAAAUUUUGGGGAAAAUAAUACUGAAGCCCUUGUAAUUUCAAAAAUGCUCAAUGCAAGUUUCCCUAGGAUGACCGAACAGGAACAAAUUUUACAAGCCGCUUAGAAUGCAUUUCUAGAGAUCUAAAAGUACUCUGGGUGCACCAUUGAAAAAUGUUUUCAAUGAAUUUAGAAGGAAACCGUCGUUGGGUGGCUCAGAAAUUUUUUUAGGCCCUUGGCCCUUCGUUAAAUCGAGGUUCCACCGUAGUCUUUUGUUUUCAUCACGCUCGUUUUAAAAUACGCUUAUGAAUUCCUUACUUGUAUUCUUAGGAAAAAGUGCUAAGUCGUAGUCUAAAAUGUCAUCCGUCCCUUCCCUCCACCCCCUAAGGGGCAUUUCAGACUAGACAUGGCGGGGCUAAAAAACCUGCAUAACCUUAUAGCACCUCUUGUGUUUAAAUUUUCUGUAGUUCUGGCAAACUCGAACAAGUUUUGCAUUUCUGAGGAACGUUUUGCCAAAAUAUAGGUUAUGGCACAUGUCAAGCCAGAAAAAGUGAGCAGUUUGAUAGAAAAUGUCAAGUACGACUGAACAACGCCCGUAAAAGCGCCCCUAAUGACUCGUGCGGGAGGGGGAGGCUGGGUGGGGAGGGGAAACUCUGAAAUUGAGCAAAGAGGACCUAGCUCUAAGCACACCGCCUGCUUUUUAGUUGUCCGUUUCCCUUGGCAAUAAAUUUUACCCACAGUGUCGAGCAACUCUUCAAAGGAGAUUGCAAGCCCUUAUAUUUGGGCCCGUCAGGAACGCUCAGCGGUGAAACCAAAGAUCGCGCCCUCAAAAAACUUAUUUUAACUUACUGAAAGCUGUUUUUUCUUGACCUAUUUAACUUAUCGUUAGGAAAGAAGAAAAGGAAUCUCAUAAUUAGCGUAUGUAUAAAACUAUCAAGAAAUCUCGAAAUUCUGGGUUUUCUAAGAGAACAAAUACUUUCGAAAAAUUUAGGAGAAAGUCCGUGGACUGGAAAUAACUCGCUAUCAAUUAUCCCGAAGAUAUCCGAAUAUCUCACAUUUCAAGCCCACGUUAAUUCGCUUCAUUUUUGAGGGGAGCCAACAUUAGCCGCGCCUCUGUUAUUUUUUUGCGCCUGGGUAUCUCACGUUAUGCUUACGCGUAUCCACAAGUGUGUCUUACAUCCUACGCUUACGUAAAGGUUAUAUACCUGGAACGAUGGGGUAUGUGAUAUAUUCACCUGGUACCGCCCCGAGGGCUACGUGUGUAAGACUGUUCCUUUUCAGAUUUUCAAUAGCAAUGCAAAAAACAAUAGCUUUUAGUUAGUGCGAAAGGCCUUUCCUUCUCUUUUAUUUUCGUUUCCUUUUUUUCUCAAAAAACGCAGUUUUUUUUCAAGGUGCGAGGGGCGUGAUCAUUGGUUCCACCGCUCCAGCGUUCCAGACGGACGCAACUAUACGGCUUGCAAUCUUCUUUAAAGAGUUGCUCAAAAAUAUGAGCGAAAUUUAUCUCAAGGCAGACUCACAGCUAAAGCGCAGACGGUAUGGUUAGACCUGGGUCCCCUUCGCUCCAUUUCAAAAUUUCCCCCUCCCCUGCCAGAAUCAUUAGGGGCGCUUAUACGGGCGCGGUUCAGUCGUACUUGACAUUUUCUAUCAAACUGCUCACUUUUUUUCUGGCUUGACAUAAGCCUAUAUUUUUCCCAAACGUUGCUCAGAAAUGCAAAACUUGCUCGAGGUUGCCAGAACUACUGAAAGCUUUGCUUUUAACACCAAAGGUGCUAUAAAAUUAUGCAGGUUUUCUAGCCCCGCUAUGUCCAGUUUGAAAUGUUCUGCGUUUCUUCGCCCCACCCCGAAACGGGAUGCCGCCCCUUACGGGGUGGAGGGAAGGGACGGACGGCAUUUAAGACUAGGAAUUAGCACUAUUUUCCCCCUAAAUGUCAUUUUUCUAAGGAUACAAGUAAGGAAUUCAUAAUCGUAUUUCAAAAUGUGUAAGCAGGCGUUUAUGGAAAGUAAGAGAAUGUAAGGGCCAACCACUUCAUAGUCUGUUGUGGAAAAUAUGUUUUUUCAGUCUUACGUUUUCAUAAUCGCUCUAGCGGAUAAGUCAGUGAAACUAAGGAUUUUGAUUAUUUACAUGUUUUGCUUUUAUAGUUACUGAAGGCACUGCGUGAGUGUCUUUUUCGGAAUGGUAUCUGUCUUCAACCUGGGUCUCAAAGUCCUUUGUCACGCAAUCUCAUUUCGUUAAAGGCAGUAAAGGAUUCGGUUCUGUUGUCAAAUAAUGUGAGGUAGGUCAAAACGUUUUCCUUUUUUAUAGCUAUAACGAUUUGGUUCAUGAGAAAUGAGAGCAUUUGAAAGAAUAGCUACCGACACUAAAGCCGUUUUGUACAUAUGUGUACGGCAAAAGUAAACAAAUACGCACGUAAGGGAAGUGUUUGUAGUCAAGAAGUUCAUAGCACACUUUCGCACAAUAAAAUUGCUUUUCCUUUUGAAAAUUCACCACUGUGAAAUCUAAAAUCGUUUUUGGUGUUUAAACUGGCGGAAAAGGGGCUAAUUUGCGUCAGGGUUUCAAGUGCUGUCUAGGUUCUCGCUUGUAUUCAUCACGACAACUGCAAGUUCAGAGGUCGUAAAUCACGCGAGUACCGUAAAUGUUUUCCGUUGUAAAAACUCGCAGUUUCAAUUGCCCCAGAAUUUUAUUUCACAGAUUGAUAGGGGAAACAUUGCUCUUUCUCUGGAAUACCAUUUUUCUAAUGAAAGCCAUGUACCAGGAAGGGAUUUUCGCCGUUGAAAAAUGGCAAAAUUGAUGGUCGCGAUAAUGCUGAUUUAGAGGGUAAUUUUGAAAAAAUAUUAAAAAAUCAGAUUGAAAUCUUUUGAAAUUGUAACAACGUUUAGGUAGAAAGGAAGGAUCAUAAAAUUGUUUAAUGUAAGAAAAGUUAUGGUAUUAGUUUCCGUUUCCAUUCACGAAUCGAGGGUAUCAAGCACAUUUUUCGGUGGUUUGAAGGCCUCUCGAAGGUGAAAAUUAAAAAAAAUUAUUAUUUUGGAAAAUAUUAAGUCAAACGAACUGAGUCUUGUAUUUUCUAAAAUAGUUUCCAAAGGGCUUUGUUGGGACAAAGUUUGGGGGAUUUCGAUUUUUCCAUCUUGCACACCUAUCCGUGGUAUUUACAGAAAGUCGCUCUUAAGGCGUUCCUUGCAACGUCCGUUUACAGCAUAGUUAAGUUAUUAUUCACUUCCACCGGAAGUUUUGCUUACGCACACAACGUGUUAUAUAUGCUGUUCUUUGCUAGUUGUAUUCAUUCCCUGAAGAAGUCUCAGUAAGAGACGAAACGCGUCGGAAAUAAACGAAAAAGCUUACAACUACAAGAAGUCUUCCUUUGUGCUGCUCACUAGUCUUCGUUAAAAAACAGAUGUCCGAACUUUGCGGGUUUGUUUGCAACAAAGGUCAUCAAAAGUCACGUGAAACUACACGUGAAAUCUAACGCUCAGAAGGUGAAUUAACGGUGGUAACGUGAUCAAGUCGGACAGGUCAAUAUACUUCUAAAUUAAUUAUUCACGCAAGGCAGUUUGGAAACGUGAAGCACUGAGUAGAUGAUGAAUAACCAAAAACUGUCGCCACCCCUUAAAGAGGGGAUCGAAAACAACGACAAAAUCAUUACUGAAGACAAGAACUACGAGAUUGACGAUCUUCUAAGGCUCACCGGGAAAUUUGGUCGCUAUCAAAUGGCUCUUUACGCCUUCCUCUUUUUGGUGUCGAUUCCAACUAGCGCUCAGCUCGGCAUCCCAAUUUUCUAUGGUAUCUCUCCUCCUUUUAACUGUGAGACCAUCGCUGGAAAUGGAACUUGUUCAGCGGGAAAAUGCUGCUCGAGUUGCGUGGAAUACGAUUUCAAAGGAAGUUUCACUAGUGCCGUGUCUGAGGUAAGAACCAUUUCUCUCCUCGAGGAAUAUCGAUUUCUAGAUGACAUCAACUGACUAUGAGUAGCUAGUUUUCCCCUUGCUCACCAUCGUUACCUGUGUGUUUUUGUGAUGAUUAACGACCUUUUUCCUGGGAUGAAGUCCAUGAUCAUGGCCCAAAGUAAAAACUUCAAUUGGUGUUUUGUAUUUCCGACAAACAUGUGAAUAUUCGUGAGUAUCGUAACCAAAAGAUGACCUGAAACGUCUAGGAUCGAGAAAAAGCUGUAAUUGAUAUUUUAGAGACAAUACUGUGUUCUAGACGAAACUUUACUGAUCUCUGUAAUCAUACUAAAUUACAGCGUCCUCUACGUCCAGAUUGGUCUUACUUCAAAUAUUUCAAAUAUAACUUGAAUCACUACCCCAUUUUAAAAGCGGGUCCCUUCUUGAUAACCCUGGGACCAGGAGUACGUGACUAUCGUUGUGUCGUAGUUUACUUUGCAUAAGCCUUUCCAAAAAUAUCACGGAAACCCGAUUACUUCCUCCCCGCCCCCCCCACUCAACCUAGAUGUCCACGUAUAGUAUUUGUGGACAAGCCCAGUUAUUACCAACCAUUUUUUCGCCGAAAAAUGCUAGCUACGCGCGAGUCUGGGAAAAGCUUAGUCCAUGACUUUGUUAAAAAUGCCUUAAAGAAUAAUUUUUUCCUUGCAAGAACGAAACAAGCAACCUCGCGUUGCUAAGAUUUUACCCUCCGGGUAGCUAAUCAGAACACAGGCUUUUCUUCAACUUGCCCUUUAACGGAGCCAGCCAGUGGUACUUGCCUGUUUCCUAAUUGCUUUUUUAGUGGGAUAUGAUAUGUGAUCGUCGCCAUUUACGUGCCAUGAGUCGAGCGGUUUAUAUGUUGGGCAUAUUAGUUGGGUCUGCUGUAUUUGGUGCUGUAUCGGAUCAUUUUGGGCGAAAGAUUGCGUUUUUUACCAGCAUUGGAGUCAUGGUGAGUGUAUAAUAUCUAUCCCUCAGCUUCAAGGGGGGCUUUCUUAUUUUGGUACGUUCCGCCAAAUCAAACAAGGUGUGAUUUUCGGGGUGUUGCGUUUAAUGAGGGUCUUGAACAGGGUAUACUUCUGAACCGGAAGCCGUGAACGAGUUUUGAACGUUGGCGGCUCGCUGACUAGAAUUUAAUUCCCCGAUGUUAGUUAAAUAAGAAAAUGAAAUAAAUAAUAAUAAAAAAGGUAUUUCUGAGAGAGAAAUAAAAAGAGACAGGGUCAUGAAAAAUAGUCUCUUGUACAACAUGGGUAGCGAAAUGAGUUAAGGUCGGGGUUUGAAGGGCUAGGCGGCUUUCCUCUCCCAGAACUUCCACGUUUCUCUCCCGUGGGGGUACUCCUGGGAAUUCUUGGUGGGGGUGUGCAGCCCGGUUCCCCAAUUCCUGACCCUUUUUCAGACCAAGAAAGGCCAUUUUCCUCACCCGUUUUCAGACCAGACCUCUGAAAUCCUUACCAGUUUUCAGACCUGGCCUUUAGGCAGAAAUUGUCACUAUUACUCAGAUUAGGGCGCAAACAAAACAUUUUUCAAACCAUUUCGAAUUCGCAUAUUUCUCUUUCUUACUCAUUUCGAAAACCCUACCCGAUGGGACGGCACAGACCUAUAUAGCUUAUAUAAGGGAGUACCCCGGGGGUUUCUCUUAUUCAUAACCAAACAAGGGCAUACGUAAUGCCUAGGAAUUUCCAUAGCUCUAAAAGACUGAAUGUCUGUUCCCAAAUAAGAUUUUCGUUUUCAAGAACUCCGUAUAGCAGAACUCAAAGUUGUUUGACAAUUUUUAACCUUUGCCGGCGUAUUGCCUCAUUUUCUAGGCUGUUGCUGGUGUAGUAUCGGGAGUAGCUGACUGCCUGUCUCUAUUCUUGUUGUUUCGUUUCAUCGCUGGUGCUGGUACCAUUGGCUGUAUGUUGGUCAAAUUUGUUUACUGUGUUGAGAUGACCGCCAAUACUCAUCGAUCAUUGGUCGUUAUUAUAAACAUGGUGUUCAGCGUUAUUGGAGGCUCGCUGUUGUCGUUGAUGGCUUUCUUGAUUCCAAACUGGCGCUAUUUGAUGUUGGCGGCGACAAUACCAGCCUUCUUGCCGCUUCUUGCCUGGCGGUAAGUAACACUAUUGCGUUGCUUUGAGUAAAAAAAUUUCGUUAUGGUUUCCACCAAAUAACAAGUGGUUUUAACGAAGAGGCCUGUCUGUUGAAAGAGAGAACUCGCCACUCCGCUUUAUAAAAGAUGAUUUAACAUCCACUUAGUCUCGGAAUUAAGACAAUUUUUGGACAAAAGUACCCUAUAGUGCCUAAAAGAAACAAGGAGAACAUAGAAAAAAAUGUUACAAUUUUCUUAGAAAGUACUUUAGUCAUGCCAGUUUACCCUGGGUGUCAGUCGUUUUUCCUCACGUGCGGCGGGAAUCUUCGGUGUCGGCCGAAACCACAAACUCCGAUCCACCCCUGGCCUUCCCCCUGCCAACCACCGCUCUCCCACCAAAACCUCCGUUCCAUACAUCUUCGGUAAUUAAAGCUAAAACAAUAAUAUUGGUUUUAAAAUCAACCCCAAGUCGCUAUCUACUCAUGCACGUACGGUAUACUCGCGCUAGGUGGAUUCCCAGAUCGCCUCGUUGGCUUAUCGCAAGCAACCAUUUAGACGAGGCUUAUGAAGUUCUCAUGAAAUAUGCCGAAGGAAAUAAAGUUCAGCCGCCUGUGGACCCCACUCAUCUUAAACACUUGAUUCGAGUAGUUUGGGAGAAUGGCGCAAGGAAAGAGACGGACAAUAAAACGCAUGGGUUUUUUGAUGUCCUCAAGACUCCCAGACUACGAAAAAGAUCUCUGAUCUUGUUUUUUAACUGGUAAGAGUUUACUUUAGGGUGGGGGAGGGGUUAAAACAUAUAAUAGGGAGCUUAAGCGAAGGAGGUUUUGAGGGACGUAUGUCAACCGGAAGUGAGGCCUUUCCCCUUUUAAUAUGCCUUGAAGCAAACAAAUCUGUUUUGGCAAUUGUCUUUUCUCUUACAGUCACGAUCUGCCAGAGAAUUUGGGCAAAACCACUGCCCAAGAAUGCAAAAUUCCCAUGUCCGGGGGACUGUGCAUCGUGCAUUUCCCUUAUGAAAAAGUACCGCUAGCGUACUAAAAAACUGAGCUGAGGAGAAAGAGCGUAGCUCUCGCCUUGAACAGGGAAUUCGCAUUCGAAGGUCACCGAGUGUCAACCCUCCGCACUUCCGUUAAACCUCUCCGGAUACAGACACGUUCAUAAUACGGACGCCCCCAUUACAGUUCUUUUGGUCCCAAAGACACCAAACUUGGUAUAAUUGCUACCUCUAUAAUAAAAACACCUCUACAAUGUGGGGGCUUACUGUCCCUUUGGUGUCUUGCUUUCUUAUGUAAGAAAGGUUCACCAUGAUUAUUUGCAUUUUAGAGAUAACCUUUCGAAAAGACCUCGAUUCGACGCAGACCCUUUUCUACUGGUGUUCAGUUGCUCAUAGUUUUGUAUUGAACCAUUUUUGGGUGGGUAAGGGGGAUGGGUAUAGUAUUGGGAAAAGUGCUGAGAAACAAGGCUCUUACGUUAUAAAAAUGGACAAAAUGAUUGGUCAUUCUUCCAUUCAUUGCGGUAUUCGGUGUUGUAAAAAGGACUUGUUUGUUAAGCUGGUUCAGUCUAUUCUUUUAGGAGAUACUCUUAACAUCUGAGCAAAUCUCUGGGACAGUUACUGUAGUUUAUUACAAUCUGCAGUCCUGAGUGCAGAGACUUUACCCCAUUCAUUAGGGUGCCGUUCUCGCUUCCCGCUGUUCCAAACUAUCACGUUUUCAACUUACAUAAGAACCGAUCGCGAGAAUGAUGCCUCAGUAGGGGUGAUGUUCUAACCCCAUAGCGCGAGAUCAGUCACUUUUAAGUUUAAAAGUUGGCUUUGAGUAAUUAAACAAAAAUGGCUAUUACACUUAAUUACCCCGUACAAAAAGUUUAAGAAGGAAGCUUGACUUUGGUUCUGCAAAUAUUUUCCUAGGAACGUCAAUGCGAUUAUUUUCUACGGUAUCAACUACAAUGUCCAUAACCUAGCUGGGAAUCUCUACCUAAAUGCUUUUAUUUUGACAGCGGUUGGCUACCCUUCCGCUCCACUUAACUGUUAUUGCCUAAAGAGGUGGGUAUCAUAGUGCGUUUGAUAUCAUUUGUGAUAUGAAAGUAUAAACAAUUUAGUUGUGUCUACCAGUUUGUAACUGCCACUGCCACUAAGCAACCAGAACAACAACGACAACUACUACUACUACUGCUGUAGUAUUACGUACGCAACGUUUAACAUUUAACUUUUUGCAAUAACAGGUGCGUGCUUCUACUAAUGUACCCGUUCAUUAAUGUCAGACUUAUAAAGCCUACAAGACUUGAAAUCCUUUGGGAUUGCUCACGCAGUCUUCAAAAAAGACUAGUACCAUUAACGAUCAGAAAUAUGUGCAAAGCGAGAAACUGAAUCUCUCUCGUUCACACUUGGUGCCCGAACACGGUACAGUCAACUCCCUUUAUUGCGGACACUGUAGGGCUCUCGAGUUGUGGUCCUUAUUAGCGAAAGUCCAUAAUAUUUCAGUCAAACGUCUGUAAUUUGUUUUGGCCGGAGAUUUAGCUACUGCCCGUGUUAUCGGGGUGUCCGCAAGGCGAGAGUUGACUGUACUCACUGGGUAGUAAUGUGAACACACUUAUUUUUCAAGUACCCACUCUAGAUUUCGGGCACUGUACCCAGGCACUGGUUCCCGGGGACCAAGUGUGGACAGUCCUUUAGUCAAGGUGACUCACCACAGUGAUUUGCCUAUUAGGUUUGGUCGCCGUCUAACUUACAGCACGUUCAUGAUGUGUUGUGGAGUGACCUGUCUUGUGGCUCUUUCAGUAAAAGGUGAGCCUUUGAUGGUAUCUUAUAUCAAAGCACAGUGCAUUUUAAGUUCAGAACACCUGCUUUGCGAGCAGAGGCGAACAGAUCAUAGGAGGACACCCAAAAACAAUUACAUUUUUGAACAAUCCUGGAAUUUAGUUUAGUGGCAAAAUGCAAUGCUAGUUUCAUUAAAAAGGUCAACCAGUUAAAAAGUGAUAUACAAUCCCUUCGAUGUAAGAAUUUCAGUCUCAAACAAGUGUAAGGUUUGAUAGAGGAGGUGUGGACCCCCUGACCCUCCCCCUGGAUCCGCCACUGUAUAAAAGGUUAAGCGGUUGGUCCUCGGGGCGAAGCCUUCUCGUGUACGUGCGUAUAAGACUUUGUUGAGUGCCCCCCCCCGGAGGGGGGGCAGACCUUUGGAAAGUGUAACACACAACCUGGUAAAUGCCUGGGGGAUGGACACGCGUGGAAUUGAGUCAUAAAGUUCGUGAUGUUUUUAGGACCUCUUUAGUGCACUGUGGUAAUAACCACAUAAUGUCAUUUACUUAACUGUCAUUAUGUAGAUUAUCCAGUGGUGCUCGUCGUACUUGUGAUGUCUGCAAAAUUUUGCAUCUCCAUUUGCUUCUUGGCGAUCUACUUGUACACGGCAGAACUUUACCCAACAGUCAUAAGGUAAAUGAGGAAGGCUUGGCGAUUUAGUGUGUUACUAAAUUCGGGCUUCGAGUUCAAGCAUUUCCGGCAUCGCGUAGUUUCCUGAGACAAAAAAAGAUUGCUUCUUGGCAUUACCUCCAAUACACCCAGGUAUCCUACGCUAAGCUAGCAUCCCUUCCAGGGGUGGAGGAAGGGGAGGUAUAGCAAUACUAGCGGGCUUCUUUAUUCCGAUAUAAUCCCCGGCAUAAGAGGGUCGAAGAGGGGCUUUGGAUUAGCCUGGUAUAGGACCGUUUAGGGGUCAUCAUGAAAGCUAUUAUUUUUACAUCUACAUAAUUUUGCCCCAGGAAAUGAUUGACAAAACUUCACGGAAAACCUAUGUGAUACAGCAUGAAGAAACAUUUAGUGGCAGAUAAGAUCCCUUCCCGCCAAACUACAAAAUGAAUGGGUUACUUAUCAUGGCCUUAGUGUUACCUCCGGAGGAUCGCAGGUGGAAGGGAAUUAGUAGCUGAUUUGUAAUCGAAGUUUUACUGGAAAAAUGAACGUGUAGCUGUGAAAAACACAACUCCACCUCCCCUUCCCUCUCCUCUAAACCCAAAGAAAAUUAAGGCGAAAUUGAACCGGUACUAUCCAGUCAGGAAAAGCAAGUAGGAAGUACGCUAGAGACUUAAAAUAUCUCCUGGUAGUAUUCUUUUAUUUAUCACUAUCAUUAUUAUUCAUAUUACUUUUUUAGAAACAAUGGAGUGGGAUCUUGUGGAACUGUUGCCCGAAUUGGCGGAAUUGUUGCACCUUAUAUCGUUUUACUGGUUUGUAUAUUUACAUUACUCACAAUUUAUGCUAGUUUUUUGAUGUAUUGAAGCUAAGAUUAAUUUGUCUGGGAUUAAACGCUCUUUGAUAUCCCUCCCGUGGUACAUACAUAAAAAAAUCAAUACAAAUUUGUAAAGGCGUUACUCUUCGUUCAGGCCCUUACCUCGGUUAAACCAAUAAGUUAGAGUUAUCCUCUUUUACUUCUGUUAACGGUUUUAAAUGAUUGCUACAUAUAGCACUGCGCGCUGUUACUAUUCACAGAUCGGAAACUCGGAUGAACUUUGUGAAAUUGACAUAAAAGCGACUUCCUCACUUUUAAUUGACGUGUAUCAUAAAGAUGACAUGUUAGCCUAUGAAAUUCAAAAUGACAAAAGUCAGACAAAAAUUGCAAAUAAGUCACACUGACGUUAUUCCUGCGCUGCGUUAUUUACCCACUUCCACAAUUUCCCCACCCCACCCCACCGGAUACCAGUAAGAGUCCCCCACGCUAGAUUAAGUAACAACACUAAAUUUUAAUUUCCUUAUUUUAUAGUCCGAUCUCCCAAAUCUGAUGAAAACAUUCCCCUUGUUGAUAUUUGGUGUUAUGGCGGUAGCUGCUGGUGUAAUGGCGUUUUGGCUACCAGAAACUCUAACGUCUCAGAUGCCACAGACCGUCGAGCAAGCAGAGACAUGGGAAGAGGAUUAUAACAUCUACUGCUGCAAAAAGCCUCUGAUCCAGGCCACUCGCGGGUUCGCAACAGCAGAAGACGAAACAGAAACUUCCAUAUAAUAGAGAAAGUGUACUUUCUGUUUGAUGACACUGUUCAGUGGCACGAAGCAUACUACAGCAUAGUAAAGGGAAGGCUGCACUUAGUGAAGACACCCUGCACACUCAUCUUCCUAUAUGUUCUGUACACAAAAACCCUCUAAUUUGCAGACAUUGGCAUCAGUGUCUGCCUUAAAUAGGUUUCACUUUCUUGAAUCGAAUACAAAACACUCAUAUUACACUUAUGCAACAAUUUUCUGAUCACUUUGGAAGAAAAAUCUCAUUCUUCAUGAGCAUUGGAUUUCUACUACGCAUCUUCUUUUUCCCCUUUAUACAGUGAUAAUUAGACUUCGUAGGAAACACGUCCUCUUUUUUGCUCUCGUUCCAAGUUUCUCGAACUCAGAACUCGUCGUGGAAACGCCCCGCUACGCAGGCUAAGAGAUAAUAAAUCAAUCGUUAUAUGAAAGACUACUAUAUAGACAGAAGAGCCGGUGACUUUAAGCAGCAAAAAGUGGGUUAAAUACAGUAAAAACCCGCGACUAAGAACCUGGUUUUAAGAACCUGCUAAGCUAAAAGUAU